AUGUCUCUCCAUUGCAAUCCGUUAAUUUAUUUGAAUAUGGGUGGUGAAAUGUUAUAUGUGUUGCAACAAAGGUUGAAGGCGCAGAAAAUAAAUUCACGCAAAACGUCUACAGUACUAGACGACAUAACAGCCGCAUUAGUUGACCCAAAAAUAAUAUCAGCAAUAUUCACCGAUUCGCGAAUUUCAAGUUUAAGUUGGAUUCGUUCGACUUUGGAGAAGAUUGCUUUAUGCUCAAUAAUGCGCUUGGACCAGGACAGUAUGAACAAACUGUUUGACUUAAUGAUGAUGAUGGUGAAAUUUCAGUUAUCGACAGCGACGGGACCUCGAGAAAUUAUUCUGUUAACAUUAAACCAUGUUGAUGGCUUACGAAACAUGACUUCUCGCAAUGGAAUUCACGAAAAAAUUACAGUUGUUCAUGAACUAAUUAUCAAGAAAUACGGAAAGUUAACCUGCAACGAAAUAUGGGAUGCGCGAAAUGAGUGCUUGGACCUACUGGAAGACAUCAAUGUCCGCGUGUCAAUUCUUCUGAAAUUGGGCCUGCAGAAUGAGGACACGAGUUUCAACAUGAAUGCACGGAAUUACAACGAAAAGUUUGAUCUAAUGAGCAAAGAGUUAGGGUCAACUGAAUUGUUACAAGUUCCGCAGAAUUUAAGAGUCGGGUCUUUGCAACUAAUGGGGGAACGCGUUACAUUUUUAGGAAGAAAUAUAUAUGCAAUGAACUACUCAUUUGUAACAAUAAAGCCGCAGAAGGAGAAAUUACCGCCCUCUAACAGGGACAAGUUGUUCAUAAAAGACAAGGGAACCAAAGCUGAACUUGGGAUGCUGGCAGCCCAAUUGGGAACUGAAGAUACAUCUUCUACGAGGACCUUCAGUCUCGAUUUGUUCGAUGAUAUUGAUGUGAAAAGCGAGGACCAGGACAAUGAAACUUCUGAAAUUAAAGAUGAUGACCAACUAGAAAUUAAUGAUAUGAUUAAAAUUAAUGAUGAGUACAAGAGCAAAUUGGAGAAUCUCUGCGCGGACUUUCUCACUGAAGACGGUAUCGAGAACAAAGUGAAUCUUUUGCAGCUUCUUGAUGAAAAUUAA